CCCCCAGGUUGCCGGGUAACGGUGGGCGCGCGUGGCUGCGUAAGGAGACCACGUGAACCUGGUUCUGAGUGUGCUGGCUCUGUUGGUCCAUGGUUACUGACUGGUUCCGUCCUUUGUCCUCGGACCUGUUAUCCUUGAAGAAUGGCAGAGGCGGUCUUCCGUGCUCCAAAGAGGAAAAGAAGAGUGUACGAGAGUUACCAGUCACCACUGCCCAUCCCGUUUGGUCAGGACCAAGGUCCCAGGAAGGAAUUCCGAAUAUUCCAGGCUGAAAUGAUUAGCAACAAUGUGGUGGUGAGGGGCACAGAGGACAUGGAGCAGCUGUAUGGGAAGGGUUACUUUGGAAAAGGGAUUCUUUCCAGAAGUCGUCCGAACUUCACAAUCUCCAAUCCCAAGCUGGCUGCCAAAUGGAAAGGUAUGCAGACAGACAUGCCUAUAAUCACCUCAGAGAAGUAUCGGCAUCGAGUGGAAUGGGCCAGGGAUUUCAUGCGUAGGCAGGGCCAUGAUGAGAGCACUGUGCAGAAGAUUCUUACAGACUACACAGAACCACUCGAGCUUCCUUACAGAAAGGAGAAAGAAGAGACCCCACAGCAUGAACCACUGAACUCCAAGGCCGACUCCUCCCUGGAAGGCGGAGUGGAAAGGGAUGAGCUUUCUGUGACCACUGGAGGUGCUGGACAGUCAGAUGACCCGCAGGGUCUCAGCACACACUCAGACUGCCUGCAGGAGGGGCCUGGCCAUGCCACACUCGCUGUGGCUAGUCCUUCUAGCCCUAAUGGGCAUGUGGGAGAGGACCCCGAAGUUCUGCCCCAGAUCUCCUGCCGUAGCCAGGAAGCCCUCGUUCCGCAGGAUGGCCUUUGGCCUGAAGCCAGCAACCAGGUAGCAGGAGAGAAAAGGGCUGCUCAUGAGUAUGUGCUCAUAGAAGAAGAGCUGUGUGAUGUCCAGGAAGAAGAGGCAGCAGAUGAGAAGUUGCUGAAAAGAAAGAAACUUGUGUGCAGAAGAAAUCCAUACAGGAUCUUUGAGUAUCUGCAGCUCAGCCUAGAAGAGGCUUUCUUCCUGGCAUACGCCCUGGGAUGCUUAAGUAUUUACUAUGAGAAGGAGCCUUUGACAAUAGUGAAACUCUGGCAAGCCUUCACUGCAGUUCAGCCCACCUUCAGGACUACCUACAUGGCCUACCACUACUUCCGGAGCAAAGGCUGGGUACCCAAAGUGGGGCUCAAGUAUGGAACAGAUCUACUUUCACUUUCCUCAGACUCCGAGUCCUGGAGUUACGAUGACAGGCCAGCUGUUGUUCACUGAGCUCAUGCUGUCCGACAUGGUGCUGUUUGUUCCUGUGACACUUCCUCACGGCAGCCCUUUGCUAUUCUGUAUGCCACUCUUGUUCCUUACUGCAACGUGGAGAGGAGAGGCCAUGUCCCCUCACUGGUUUCCAGUCACUCUCAGGCUUUGGAUUCUAUCGCAAAGGCUCUUGGGCACUUUUUCUUGUCACUGGCUCCCCCAGUGAUUCCCUCGGGCUGCUGCGCAAAGGAAACAGCACAGAGACGGGGACAGGACAUGUUGAGCAGGUCUCAGGAAAUGCACAGAGGCAAGAAUGUGGAGAGUACUGGUCCCAAGGUACUCAGGCUGGGACCAGAUCUAAGAUGUAAGGUACUCAGGCUGGGACCAGAUCUAAGAUGUAAGGGAGUCAGGCUGGGACCAGAUCUAAGAUGUAAGGGAAUCAGGUUGGGACAUGGUCCAAUAUGUAAGGGAGUCAGGUGGGACCUGGUUCAAGAUGUAAGGGAGUCAGGUGGGACCUGGUCCAAGAUGUAAGGGAGUCAGGUGGGACCUGGUUCAAGAUGUAAGGGAGUCAGUGGGACCUGGUCCAAGAUGUUUGGGAUGAAAAGUCUUCAGAGUCCUGACUUACCAAUGACUGAAGAGAACCAACAUGGAGGAGAAACUUGCUGGUGAAGCUGGGCCUGACAGCACAACUCACCAACAGAAUAGAUGCUGCACUUGUGCAUAAAGGAACGAGGCGGCAUCUGGGCGCUGCCUCAGAUUUUUGAUGUAUUCAUCUGGUGAAGGCACAGACUAAGAGUACUCAUCUGAAAUGCUUGGCCACAGAAGCAGUCUGGGUUUCAGGCACAUACAGGAUGAGAUCUGUAGUGAGAAUUCUGGAAUUUUGGUUUCUUUAAGAACACAGAAAUACUCUAGUAUUCUCAUUUUAAUCCCAGAUAUGAGGAUAGGGGGCUAGCAGUCUAUGAUUUGCCUUGUGCUCUAGCAGAAGUUGUGUGUUGUGAAGUUGCAGUUGUGUGGCAUUUAGAAUUCUGGG